AUGGCCACAGCCCUCCUGCCACGGGGCGCCGCCGCCGCCCGCCGCCGCCUCCUGCUGCGCCCCCCGCCGCUCGCCCCGAGGCCGGCGCGGGCCGCCAGCCGGGCCCUGUCCGCCGCCCUGGUGCGCCGGGGCGGCCUGGUGGGCGGCCGGUGGGUGGAGACGGCCGCCGCUUUCCCCGUGCAGGACCCGGCCAGCGGCGAGGAGCUGUGCCGGGUGUCCGACUGCGGGGCGGCCGAGGCGCGGGCGGCCGUGCGGGCCGCGCACGAAGCCGGCGCCGCCUGGGGCCGCCUCCCCGCCAAGGAGAGGAGCGCGUGCCUCCGCAGAUGGUACGAGCUGAUGAUGGAGAACAAGGAGGAGCUGGCGCGGAUCAUCACAGCCGAGAACGGGAAGCCUCUGAAAGAAGCGCAGGGUGAAAUCGUGUAUUCAGCCUCGUUUCUGGAGUGGUUUGCGGAGGAAGCUCGACGGAUUUAUGGUGAUGUUAUUCCAGCAUCUGCAAAGGACAGAAGAGUCCUGGUGCUGAAGCAGCCAGUAGGAGUGGCAGCCAUUAUAACCCCAUGGAAUUUUCCCAGCGCUAUGAUUACCCGGAAGGUUGGUGCAGCUCUGGCAGCUGGCUGUACAGUGGUGGUGAAACCUGCAGAGGACACACCUUUAUCAGCAUUAGCUCUUGGGGAGCUUGCAAACCAAGCUGGAAUCCCAGCAGGAGUGUACAAUGUUGUCCCUUGUUCCAGACAACAGACAGCAGCUGUAGGGGAAGUUCUGUGCACUGAUCCAUUGGUAUCUAAAAUAUCUUUUACUGGCUCUACGGCAACAGGAAAGAUCUUGCUGAAACAUGCAGCUGGCACUGUGAAGAGAGUUUCCAUGGAGCUUGGAGGACACGCUCCUUUUAUUGUGUUUGACAGCGCCAAUGCAGAUCGGGCUGUUGCAGGAGCCCUUGCUUCUAAGUACAGAAACUCAGGACAGACUUGUGUUUGCACAAACCGUUUCCUGGUACAAAAAGGAAUUCAUGAUGAAUUUGUGGAAAAGUUUGCUAAAGCUAUAGAGAAAGAACUGCAUGUUGGAAAUGGAUUUGAUGCAAAAACUACCCAAGGACCAUUAAUAAAUGAAAAAGCAGUGGAGAAGGUAGAGAAACACAUUAAGGAUGCAGUUUCUCAAGGAGCAUCUAUAGUGGCUGGAGGGAAACGACACAGCUUGGGGAAGAAUUUCUUUGAGCCAACAUUACUUACUAAUGUUACAACAAAAAUGCUUUGCACCCAAGAGGAAACAUUUGGCCCUUUAGCACCAGUUAUCAGAUUUGACACUGAAGCAGAAGCUGUUGCUAUAGCAAAUGCAGCUAAUGUGGGUUUAGCAGGGUAUUUCUACUCCCAAGAUCUAGCUCAGGUCUGGAGAGUUGCAGAACAGCUGGAAGUUGGAAUGGUUGGUGUUAAUGAAGGCAUAAUCUCGUCAGUGGAAUGUCCUUUUGGUGGGGUAAAGGAGUCUGGCUUAGGGCGAGAAGGUUCAAAAUAUGGCAUUGACGAAUACUUAGAAAUAAAAUAUGUCUGCUUUGGAGGAUUAUAA